UCCUGGGAUCCGGAAGAAGUUGGUUUUCCCGGACAGAAAGCGGCUUGUGAGUCAUAGGUGUGAGCCACACGGCCCUGUGGGAAUAAGAUGGCGGGGAAGAAGAACGUUUUGUCGUCUCUUGCGGUUUACGCGGAAGAUUCAGAGCCUGAAUCUGAUGGCGAAGCUGGAGUCGACGCUGUGGGCGGCGCGGCUGAAGAGAAAGGUGGCUUGGUAUCCGACGCCUAUGGAGAAGAUGACUUCUCUCGCCUAGGGGGUGAUGAAGAUGGUUAUGAAGAAGAGGAGGAUGAGAACAGCAAGCAGUCGGAAGAUGACGAUUCAGAGACUGAAAAACCUGAGGCUGAUGACCCAAAGGAUGCUACAGAAGCAGAGAAGCGGGAUCCCCAGGAAUUAGUGGCCUCCUUUUCUGAAAGGGUCCGAAACAUGUCACCUGAUGAAAUCAAGAUCCCACCAGAACCGCCUGGCAGAUGUUCAAAUCACUUACAAGACAAGAUCCAGAAGCUUUACGAGCGGAAGAUAAAGGAGGGAAUGGAUAUGAACUAUAUCAUCCAGAGGAAGAAGGAGUUCCGGAACCCCAGCAUCUACGAGAAGCUGAUCCAAUUCUGUGCCAUUGAUGAGCUGGGCACCAACUAUCCAAAGGAUAUGUUUGACCCCCAUGGCUGGUCUGAAGACUCCUACUAUGAGGCAUUAGCCAAGGCCCAGAAGAUUGAAAUGGACAAAUUGGAAAAGGCCAAAAAGGAGCGAACCAAAAUUGAGUUUGUAACGGGCACCAAGAAAGGCACAACGACCAACGCCGCGGCCACCACCACCACCACGGCCAGCGCGGCCGCUGCAGAUGCUCAAAAGAGGAAGAGCAAGUGGGACUCUGCCAUACCGGUGACCACAAUAGCACAGCCCACCAUCCUCACGACCACAGCCACGCUGCCAGCCGUGGUCACGGUCACCACCAGUGCCAGCGGCUCCAAGACCACCGUCAUUUCUGCUGUGGGCACCAUUGUGAAGAAAGCCAAGCAGUGACCAGAGGACAGCCCCAGGACUUGACAGGACCGUGCAGCCCGGUGACUGCUGCCCACUGGGAGGUGCCACUCGGUUCCAGGACUAAGAUGGGCUCCCCAUGUGCCUUCCAAAAGGAGCCUCUAAGUGACAUUCCAGCCAGAAGGACAUGGCAGCAGAGACAGUGGGUGCAUUGGACAGAGUCUGUCCAUACCCUCUUGAUCUCACCCAAUUAAAAGUACUGCAGUCUCAGGUCCUGGCAUGUCAGAUGCGCUGGCCUCUCCCUGCUGUGCUCGGGCAAACGUGGAGCUCAAGUGCCCCUCGUCUCAGUCAGGAUUUCUGCUCAGGAUGAACAAUGGCAUGGCAGAAGCUAUGGGAGCUGCCGUGAUCAUUCCCAGUGUAUGCCCGGUGGUAUGGGCAGGUGGGAGCUCAGGGAGGGGUCAGACACAGACACAUGGCCCUUCCUGGUGUCUACUUUCCUGACCCGGAAACCAGAUCUCAACAGUUCUCAGGCAAUAGCAGAGGCCUCUGCUCUCUUGGGUGCAGUUAAGCACUCCCACAUUGCUUCUGAUACACGCCCAGGCUUUUGAAAUCAGGCCAGUUAACAGAGGGCUGGGGUGUGAUUCCCAACCUGCCCAGGGCAGGAGCAAGGUGUGGGCGCCUGGCCAAGGCCACCCCAGUCCCUCGGUGCCCAGUGAAUGUGGCCAGCAGGAUCCACGCAGUGGGGGAGAUGAAUCACCUCCUGCUCUGGCCAGGGCAGCAGCUCAUUGUUCAUGUGAAAGCCCUGCUCUUGGGAAGGUUUCUGCCACCCCACCCUUCCUCUGUCGUUAUCUCUGCCCAGCAGCAGCCCCUGGGUAGCACCAGUGGCCACUCUUAGGGCCCAGACAGGUUCACCAGCCCAAGGUGCUAGAGGGGAAAGCUUGCCUUUCAUGCCCUCUGGCAGCUCUCCUUCCCACUCAGCGGAAAGGCUGGGUGUCAGAGGAGGAAGCCAGCCUGUAAAGGGUCUCGUUGCUUCCGUGGGACCACCAGAGGCUGAGAAAGGUGCUUCUGAGUUUGUGGCUGGUGUUUGUUUUGUGAUCCAAGGACUGACAAACCGCCUGUGAGAUCCCUAAAAUAAAAACUGAGUCACACUCUUC